AUGGAUUUGACGAUUUCAAACGAGAUUACUGGUGAAAUAUACGGGCCAAUAGAAGUAAGUGAGGACAUGGCUUUGACUGAUUUAAUAGCGUUACUCCAGGCCGAUUGUGGGUUUGACAAGGCAAAGCACGACCUAUACUAUAAUAUGGAUAUCUUAGACUCAAGCAAAACUCAAUCUUUGAAAGAAUUAGGGCUCAAAACUGAUGACUUACUAUUGAUUAGAGGCAAGAUUUCUGAUUCUAUUCAAACAGAUGCUACCAAUAUGUCCGACGAGGUAUUCGUUGAACAAUUCAGACAGGAGUUGCUGAGUAAUCAAAUGCUCAGAUCACAUCUUGUAUCUCAAAUCCCCGGAUUGAAUGAUUUAGUAAAUGACCAACAGCUCUUUAAGGAACGAUUGGGCCCGCUCAUCUUGCAGAGACGUUAUGGUGGUCAAAGCACCGCAAUGAACCCGUUUGGCAUUCCGCAAGAUGAAUAUAAUAGGCUAAUGUCUAAUCCUGACGACCCUGACAAUAAAAAGAGAAUAGCAGAGCUUGUCGACCAACAAGCGAUCGAUGAACAGUUGCGCAAUGCCAUCGAAUAUACACCAGAAGUAUUCACUCAAGUCCCCAUGCUUUAUAUUAGUAUCGAAAUCAAUAACUAUCCUGUCAAAGCAUUUGUAGACACUGGUGCCCAAACAACCAUCAUGUCCACCAGAUUAGCGGAGAAGACCGGCCUAACGAAAAUGAUUGACAAGAGGUUUAUUGGGGAAGCUCGUGGUGUAGGAACAGGUAAAAUCAUUGGUAAGAUCCACCAAGCUCAAGUCAAGAUAGAAACGCAGUAUAUUCCAUGUAGUUUUACUGUCCUAGAUACAGACAUUGAUGUUCUAAUUGGAUUAGACAUGUUAAAAAGACAUUUGGCUUGCGUAGACUUGAAAGAUAAUGUUCUCAAGAUAGCUGAUGUGGAGACAAAGUUUCUAAGUGAAGCAGAAAUACCAAAAAGUUUUCAGGAGGAAUUACCAGGACCAACGUCGGUCGCAUCUUCGUCUAACAAGCCUGCUGCACCUACCAAGACAAGCUCUAGUUUGCAGCCGCAACCCGGUGCUGUACCGGCGCUUGCUCCAAAGACAGGCGUAAGACCAACGGCUACAGGAAGAACCACAGCUGGUGUUACGAGAAUGUUCCCUGAAAACACAAUCAAACAGCUUAUGGACUUGGGAUUUUCUAGGGACGCUGUUGUCAAGGCCUUAAAACAGACUAAUGGGAAUGCAGAAUUUGCAGCAUCGCUCCUUUUCCAAUGA